CUUAUUAAAUUGAUGAACAUUUUUAUAUUAAGUGGUUUUUGUGCACGUCGGUGAAAAUGGACCGGAAAAUGAUGUCUGCAUUAUUAUUUUCGUGUUUUCUGUUUUCUUCUGUAUCAUUCCUCUAUGCAAGUGAUCUUGAUAACGGAUGGGGUGACGACAUUGACUGGAAGAAGUUUGAUGAUGCGCUGGAACUCUCCAAGACUGAGAACAAACCUGUGAUGCUGAUUAUCCACAAGUCCUGGUGUGGCGCCUGUAAAAAAUUGAAGCCUUUGUUUGCUGAAUCAAAAGAAAUAGCAGAGCUGUCUGGCAGCUUUAUCAUGGCCAACACAUUGGAUGAUGACGAACCAAAAGAUGACAAGUAUAAGCCAGACGGAGCCUACAUUCCUCGCAUACUCUUUAUUUAUAAUGGAAAAGUUGCAGAAGACCUAUACCAUGAGGCUGGCAGUCCAAAAUAUAAAUACUACUACCACAAUACCGAAGGAAUUGUGAAGACUAUGAGAAAAGCUGUUGAACAACGUCAAGAAGAGCCGUCUCAUCAAACUGAUGAACUAUGAUCUCCCCCUCCCACCCCUCCCAUAUCUCUAGUCCAUAGCAAUGUGAAAUCAUUCUGUUUGUUUGCUCAUCUUUAGGUUUUUGGUGUGUUUUUUAAGAACACAGGUUGAGGUAUUGUGAUAGCCUGGGUGUCAUUGGCAGCUUUGACACGUAAAAACCUUGGCCAAACUAAUAAAAUGUUAAACAUAUUUACAUGAAGCUUAGUGCACAAUCAUGUUGCCUGCAACAAGGCACAUUUGCUGUCUAGGCCGGGGCUUUAAUGAAUCUUAAACCUGUAAGAAAUACUUGAUUAAUGACAAGAUUAAACUAGUCCCACUGAUUAAACUAGUCCCACUUUAUCAAUUAUUACUUAAUGUUCUCCUUAUAAAGGGAAUCAACACUAUUUAUGUGAAGUUACAGAAACUAUCAUCAAAACCAACUAACUUCUGUCUGUCAAAUCCGCGUAUUUUAAGUUUUUAGAUUUAUUGUUGAAAUGCCUGUUAUACUGGGUGUGAUUUAUGCCCCUUUUCUAUGUAAUGGAAACAUACGAGCGUUAGUAUCCACUUGCUGUGCUCUUGUAUUGUUUAGUUUCAAAAUAUUUGGAAUUCUUUUCAAUCUUUAAUACUGUUUUGAUGUGAAAUAUACAUUAAACAAAAUGUGAUAACCCAUUAUAAUUAAAAGAAAGUACAUUUGUGUAUGAUGAUGUUUGUUCAAUUGUUAUAUGAGAUUAUUUCAGAAAAUGUCCCCUGCUCCGAAUUUAGGUAAAAACUUGGGUUUAACAAAUUGAUAACAAAUUGUUGAUGCCUACGUUGACUUUUACAAUGAAAAUGCUUCCGACGUCUGUUUUUUUUUUCAUAAUACAAGUUUUCACCCUAGCAGGGAACAUUUUCUGAAAUAAUCUCAUAUAAGUUGUGUAUGCUUAACAGUUUAAGUGUGGUCGAGUGGUAUAGGUGUCCGCCUCUCACCCGAGAGGUUGUGGGUUUGAUCCCUACCAGAGUAAGGGUGGUCUAGUGGUAUAGGUGUCUGCCUCUCGCCAAGGAGGUGAUGGGUUUGAUACCCAACAGGGAGAGAGUGGUCUAGUGGUAUAGGCGUCUGCCUCUUACCGAAGAGGUUGUGGGUUCGAUCUCCACAAGGGGUACCUUCUCAGCUCAAAAUAGACACUAGUUCUGGUCUAUGCCCAGGAAAUGGAUGUGAGCAUGAUUGUAUAAGCUGUCAGCUUUUGUCACAAUCGAGCUAAAAGAAAUUUGUAUAAACUAACAACUUUUAUAUAUAUUCUGUGAAGAAACUAAAUGAUUUUCCAUUGCUUCUAUAUCUUGAAUGUCUUCCAUUAUAUAUUUGAUUGACGCAAACGUACAUACUUUUAGCUGUAUUUUUUUAUGUAGUCUAUGUUUGUUGCAUUUUAAAAUGAACUCUUGUUAAAAAUUCUAACCCUUGUCCCUAGAUAUUGUUUUAAGAUGUGUUAUGACAGAUUCUACAACCUUUCAACUUUCGCCCAAACGAGUUAAAAGUAAUUAGUUUAAAUUCAACUACUCAACCUAAACCAAAUUAAGACAUAAUUUUUUCUAUGUCAUCUGGAUUUAGUUUGAUUCUUGCUUACAUCCAACCAAAAAGUAGAUCACUUAGACAAAUGUUUGAUUAUUUGUUUAAAGGUGACCUCUUCUUUUCAGUGGCUAUGGUGUGAAAAAUGUAGUUGUUUUGUUUACAUAAUAGUUUACUCAGCUGUUCUGGAACUAGUCCAAAACAGUCAACCUUGAAUGUAUAUAAGUAGUUCAUACUUUAAUUGGACUUUAAUUUGACAAAAUAAAUUAAACAUCAUACUUUUGACAAUCAUUGUUGUGUAUUUGUAUGCAUAUGACUAUAAGAAUGUACAAUACAUAUCAUAAACUAAUUGCUCAGUCAUAACUGGAUUUAAGUCCUGUUAAGUGUGUGUUUAUUUAUUUAGAGAGACUUGUGCUACUUUUGAUCAAAUUUAAAAAAAAUAUAUAUUCUGACAGGCCUUUUCAAAUACAUGCUUUUAUUUUCUAGACUUUAUAGACAUGGCAUUAUACUUUUGGUUUCAUAUUGUAAUUGUUUAUUAUAAGAAUAAUUGUUUAAACAAAAUAUAUACAAAAAAGGUCAUUGCAAAAAAGGUUAUUUUUCUCUCUCUUUUAAGACAUUCUCUAUAUAAUCUGGAUUUUUAACUGACUGCUUCUAAUCAGUAAUAUUUUAAGGUAACCUGACAUUUUCAGCCUUAAUUUCAUUUUCUUCCUCUAUGAUUCUUGAAAAGUAGUGAUUUAUUUAAGGAAACAUGUUGCUGUUUAUAGAAAUUGUUGAUAUUUACAUUAUAUUAGAGUUCUCAAAAUGUCUUUUAGAUGUGCAUUACAUUUUUUAUGGAUGUACAUUUAUUUCAUGUAUUUAUUGUAUUUUCUCAGAGAAGCUUGCCCAUUCCACUUUAUAUUGGAUCAGUUUGUCUGUGAAGCGUGUGGUCACACAUUGAAUGAGAAUGCACAGCUGAUUAAAAAAAGUUAAUAUGGUAAAUGUUUACAGUUUAUUUAUAGAACAAAUAUGUUACUGGUGGUGGAAUUGUAUGUAAAAAUGUCUCCCUCUUUCAUUUCUGCAUUUAUUUUAGGAAUAAAAAUAGCAUCUUUAA